AUGAGAGUGUCGGGCCUUGCAGCGCGGAUCACUCAAGUCGUGUUCCUACUGCCUCGAUUCAGUGAUUCCCAAAAUUUGGUACUUUAUCUCACGCGACCGUCGUAUCUGCAUCCAAGAGUCGUUCCCCCACGUGUGGAGAUCGAAGACAAAGUGGAGCGUUCCUCUGCUUAUUGGCGUGUUCCCAUCUUCAUAAUUUGCCGCGAUCGUUUAUACUACCUGCAGAUGUUGGUGUCGCAGCUGCAUUAUUUGGGUUAUUUCAACCUGAUUGUGGUGGACAACAACUCGACUUACCAGCCGCUGCUGUCUUACUAUAAAGAAAGACUGCUUUGGGUUAUUCAUUUGCCCGCAAAUCUGGGGAACGAGAUCUCCAAGGUUCUUGGGCGUUUGUAUUGGAACCGUUCCAUGCCGAUGACGGAAUACAUCGGCCAUUUCGGAAAUCGGUUUGUGUUGACUGAUUCGGACAUACUCUUCGAACCCACCGUGCCCCGGAACUGGCUGCAGCACUUCUGGGAGAUCAUGGACCGCCGAGGUGCAAACACAGUGGGGGCUGCUCUGCGAUUGGAUGACAUACCGGAGCACUAUGCUGCUCGCACGCAAGUUUGGCAGCAUGAGUGCGAGUUCUGGCGGGAGCGUAACCUCGUAGACGGCGAGAAGCAUGUGCUCCAUGCCGCAAUCGACACCACCAUGGCACUUCGGAGACUUGAGCCGCUGAAGCGAUCAUCAGCACCAUGCUUGCGAGUGGCCGGGCCUUACACUGCGAAGCAUUUGCCUUGGUAUGAGGACAGCCGCUGGCUUCUUCCGGAUGUAGCUUAUGCAAGGAAAAACCGAGAACGUGGCCACACCUUUGGUUGGUGGUCCAUGGCUGAGGGGUUUGCGAGAAGAGGCAAAUCCAUCAUUGAUUCAGACAGUCCAACAGGUCAAUUCAAACGUGCAGCCAAUUACACAAUGACUUUCCCUGUGGGCGCCGACUACGUAGGCUUUUGCCGACGCUUUUCAGUGGCAGCCUCAACCGUGGUCCGCCCACCCCAAUGUCAACACUCCUUUCUCCCGGCCGCUGCAGACAGCAAAAGGAACGGUAGCGACUCGUUGCCUCUUGAGACAUCAGGUUUCCUGGAGGCUGUUUCAGCUCUGGUGAAGAAGAGGUCGCAGGGUAAGUACGUGGUGCUGGACGUGGGCGCCGGCAGUGGCACGGCAGCACUUUGGUUUGCACAGCUGGGUGCCAGGGUGGUGGCCUUGGAGCCUUUGCCAAGCCUGUUUGAUAAGCUUUGCCGCAACAUAGCGGCCACCAGCGACGUGCAGGUUCAAGCAUUCAGGGUGGCACUGGGGCUCCAGGACGAGGCGUCUGCGAUCUCCAUGUCGUCGUUGCGUGUGCUGGCCAUUGAGCUGGAG